AUGGAUUUAUACGGAAAGAUGGCUGCCACUCAGGGGACCACUCAAGGGAAGGAGGGCGCGGACCAGAACUUUGAUUACAUGUUCAAGCUGCUGAUCAUUGGGAACAGCAGCGUGGGUAAAACCUCCUUCCUGUUCCGCUACGCUGACGACGCCUUCACCUCAGCCUUCGUCAGCACUGUGGGCAUCGACUUCAAAGUCAAGACUGUCUACAAGAAUGACAAGAGGAUCAAAUUGCAGAUCUGGGACACGGCGGGACAGGAGCGGUACCGGACCAUCACCACUGCGUACUACCGCGGAGCCAUGGGCUUCAUCCUUAUGUAUGACAUCACCAACGAGGAGUCCUUCCAUUGUGUGCAGGACUGGUCGACCCAGAUUAAGACCUAUUCGUGGGACAACGCCCAGGUGGUGUUGGCUGGGAACAAAUGUGACAUGCAGGAGGAGAGGGUGGUGGCUGCAGACAGUGGGAGACAACUGGCAGAACAACUGGGUUUUGAGUUCUUUGAGACAAGUGCCAAGGACAACAUCAACGUCAAGCAGACCUUCGAGCGCCUCGUUGACAUCAUCUGUGACAGGAUGUCCGAAAGCCUGGACACUGACACCGCCGUUACCAUGGGAACACCCAGCGCCAAACUGACAGACAGCGCCCCGCCCCUCCAGCAGCCCGCCUGCAACUGUUAGUGGCUCCCCUCAGUUACUGUGUUGCCAAGAUACCCAGUCCCUUAGAUCUAGUCUGCAUCCCAAAUG